AUGACCAGCACAAUAAUACUGCAACCCCAUCAAAUAAUUAAACUCGAAGAAAGAUUUACCCAUCAAGAAAUUGGUGGUAUUUUUGGAGUUAAUAAAAAGACUAUCCAAAGAUGGAAAUAUUCCAAUAGUAAACCAAAACAAAAAAGAGGAGUUGAAGAAAAAAUAGUCGGCAUUGUUAAAGAUAAAUUACUUUCUUUUACUGCUUAUCGUUCCCAAGAUAACACUCUAACUCAGCAAGAGAUGGCUAAUCGUAUUCAAGAGGAGGAGAAAAUUGUAAUCAGCCAGCAAACAAUUUCUCGAAAGUUCUCUGCCAUUGAUGAAUGCCAUUUCUAUUUAAAUGAGGCUCCGAGAUAUGGUUAUGCUCCGAUUGGUCAAAAAGUAAUUUCUCCUGCUCCUGGUAGCAAGGGAGGAAGUUAUUCUUUAAUUAUUUGGAUUAAGAAUGAAAAAGGUAAGGGAGUUAAGUCUUUGGGUGAAGAAGGAGACUAUUUAGUAAUGGAUAAUGCCUCUUUUCACCGAGCCCCUGACAAAAGGAAAGAACUGGGUUUACCCAGUAUUGAGGAACAAUUAUCCUUAAAAAAUUCUCAAUUAUUUUCCUUACCCUCUCGUUCUCCUCAGCUUAAUCCUGUUGAACUACUUUUUAACAACAUUAGACAUAAUAUUGAAAAGGCAAGAGCCUGA